GAAGUGUCAACAAUGCUCGCGCUAGGCGAAAUAAUAGUGCCAACGGUGCGAAAACGGAACACGUAGAUGAACAUUUGGUUAGUCUAUCGUUUAGUCACCAGAAACAGAGCAAACAGCUUACGGAAAGGGAAUAGAAAUUUCCAGGGUGAGCUGGGAUUUCACCUGAGGAACCACUGGGAAUGAUACAAAUCAUCUGUUAAAUCGACGUGUUCUUAUUUCGAGCAAUGUUGGUAGUGUGUGUGCGCGUACUCGAACAGAAAGAGAAAGAGCGAGUUGCUCAAAAGGAAGGUGAAGAAAAAAGGAACAAAACUUUGCUCAAAAUUGCAGCAGCUGACAUCUGUCAACAAGGAGUCGUCGAUGCGAAGUUGUGUUUACAUACUGCUGCCCAGAAAAUGCUGUGAAAAGAAGUCUUUUGUGGGAGGCGAACGUGUUUAUCUGCGGUUUAAUUUAUACGGCCACUAGAAUGGUAAUUUUCGGCGUAUACAUCGUGAACAAGUCCGGUGGGUUAAUAUUCAACCUGGACCACAACCUGCCCAAGAUAGAAACAGAGAAAACGUUCAGCUACCCAUUGGAUAUUAAUUUGGAGUAUGAACCGAAAAGGAUUUCCGUUGCCUUCGGCCAGCGGGAUGGAAUUAAUGUGGGUCAUCAUUUGAUAGCCGUGAAUGGGAUGCAGGUAAACGGGGCGGCCCUCGAGGAUGGUCGGGAGGUGAAGCAAAUUAUCGAAAGUAAGGACAGCUAUCCGCUGUCGCUAAAAUUCAGCCGACCGAAAAUGACAACAAAUGAAAAGAUCUUUCUGGCCAGCAUGUUUUACCCACUGUUUGCCAUUGCCAGCCAGCUAAGUCCGGAACCGAAGAGCAGCGGCAUUGAGGUGCUGGAAGCGGAUACAUUCCGACUACACUGUUUCCAGACGCUGACCGGUGUGAAGUUUAUGAUAUUUGCGGAAAAUAUGCAGCCUGGUAUCGAUGUGUUGCUGAGGCGAAUCUACGAGCUAUACGCGGAUUACGUGUUGAAGAAUCCGUUCUACUCGCUCGAAAUGCCGAUCCGUUGUGAGCUGUUCGAUACGAACCUGCAAGCGUUGUUGGAUCAGGUGGAGAAAGGUGGUGUGGCUAAUAUUUAGUAAUGAUGAAUCAUUUAAUAU